AAAAAAAUAGUGAUUUGGCUGCGUCAGUUUUUUUACGUUUCACGGCCAGAAAAACAGCAAAAUAUUCCAGAUUGGCCCGCAGUACACGUGAAAGAGCAAGCUAGAUGCCUUCGAAUUUGUGUAAGUAAGCCCCAAGCCAGCAAAAGCCAUAAAAAGCCAUCAAAAGCCAGCCAGAGCCAGCCUCUGCAGUUGGCAACAAAGGGGCACUUCACAACUCUCAGCAACCAGCAGGCAGAAGAAACGCGUCGACUGCGACGGCGAUGUUGAUGACAGCCGCGGCAUAAGCAGCAGCAGCAGCAGCAGCAGCAGCACCAGCCACUGUUUUGAAAGAAAGGAAAAUCAGAGAACGUCUUGAAAGAAAGUGAAUUGAAGUGAACGAAGCAGCAGCCCGGAGCACCCACAGAGAGAUUGCCACACUGCGCACGGCUUUCCCUUUCCCCUGCCUGCUACCAAUCGGUUAUUGUUUUGUUUGCUGUCUGGCCCUGGGCACGUGCGUUGUGUGACCCUUAACACCCCCCUCCCAAGUGUGCGUGUGAUCCAAUUGAAUACUUGUUGCCGAGUGCACCCGACUGCCACCCCGACCCGUGAGACGUGAGCGCCACCCAGACCCAGCCUCUAACUGCAGCCCCAGCCCUAGCCAGGUAUCGAAAGCUGCAGAGAAUAGAGCAUCAACGUCGUCCCAUCGCAAUGGCCAACAACAAUCAAGUCAUGAAUCUCAUACCGUCGGCGCCCGCCAACUACACCAGCCCCAAGCUGCUCUACAAUCUGGCCCUGGACGCAUCGAUAUGCAGUUUGGACGGGAACACGGUGCCAGCAUUGGAUCGGAUUAGCCGCUUGGCGGAGCUGCCGCGCAAUUUGCUUAUCGAUGUCUACGAAAUGAUGUCGCAGCAGGAGUCGCUGCAGGAUACACUGCUGGAGGAGCUGUCACGCCUGGAGGUAUUCGCGCGGCUUGUGCGCCACUUGCCAGCACGCGGCCAACUGCUCAGCAUUGUGGCCGCCCUAAUGGCCAACAGAAAGAUGCUUUCGAGCCGGCUCAGCGAGGCCUAUGUGGGGCGCUACAGCACACAAAAUGCACGGGCCGAGGAUGCGGAUGGGGAAGAGGCAGGCGGACAGGAGCGGGUAGAAGGAGGUGCCGAGGAGCUGCAGCUGGAACAGGACAAGGCCAAGCAGCUGCUGCAGCAGGAGUACAGCUGCCAGCUGCCGUUGCCGUUGCCGCUGCCGUUGCCGGACGAGGACAGCCCCAGUGCCAGUGCCAGUGCCCGAUCCAGCCAACCGAUUUGCCCCAACCAUGAGCUUGAACUCAGUGUGAUUACCACUGACAUGGAUCAGCUGGGAGCUGCAGCUGCAGCUGCAAUUGAUGACGACCUGGAGGAACUGAGCGGGGAGGAGCUGCAGGGCAUUGAUCUGGGCCUGCGUCUCGGCUCGUUCCUCUCCGAGGCCGGCUGGAUGCAGGAGAGCAUCUCCGUGCUGGUGUGCCUCAACGAAAGACUGAAGCGUCUGCCGCGACACAAGUACUGGCUAGUCCUGCGCCUCGACUGCCUGCAGCGCCUGCUCUAUGCGGAGUCGGCACACUGUAACUUCAAUCUGGCCCAGCGCACCUACAACGAACUGAUGGAGCUCAAGUGCUCGGUGAGUGACCGUGUGCCCUCGGAUCUGGUGGCCAUGACCUACACACAGAUAUCGGCCAUGUUCUUUGCCCGCAACGAGUACAACAACAGUCACAUGUGGAGCCUGCAUGCCAUGCGUCGCCUCAAGCACUCGGCCAAGCCGCGCAUUGCCAUCGAUGUGCUGCGGCAGGCGGCCAAGGCCUGUGUGGUUAAGCGAGACUUUGCCCGGGCCAAUCUGUUGAUCUGUCAGGCUGUGCGACGCGCUCGGGAACACUUUGGACGCAAUCAUCAAAAGUACGGGGACACCCUGCUGGACUAUGGCUUCUUCCUGCUGAAUGUGGACUCGGUGUUUCAGUCGGUGAACGUGUACAAGGAGGCGCUGGGCGUGCGUCGCGGCAUCUUUGGCAACAUGAACUUCCAUGUGGCCAUUGCACACGAGGAUCUGUCGUAUGCGUAUUACGUGCACGAGUACAGCACUGGGGACUUCAAAUGCGCCCAGGAUCAUGUGGAUAAGGCGGUGGGCAUUAUGAAGAAAUUGGUGCCCAGCAAUCACUUGAUGCUGGCAUCGGCGAAGCGUGUGAAGGCUUUGCUGCUGGAGGAGAUUGCACUGGACAAGAUAGCCGACGGCAUAGACGAGGAGGACCUGCUGCUGCAGUCCGAGGAGCUGCAUAACUUUGCACUGCUCCUCUCGCUCCAGGUAUUCGGCGAGGUGAACGUGCAGACGGCCAAGCAUUAUGGCAAUCUGGGGCGACUCUAUCAGACAAUGAAUCGCUUCGAGGAGGCCGAGCGUAUGCACCAGAAGGCCAUCAAGAUCAAAACAGAUCUGCUGGGGCCCUUCGACUACGAGGUGGGCCUCUCCAUUGGCCACCUGGCCUCGCUCUACAACUACCAAAUGAAAAAGUACCGCGAGGCGGAAAAGCUCUACCUGCGCAGCAUCGAUAUAAGUCUGCGUCUUUUUGGUCUCUCAUAUUCCGGCCUGGAGUACGAUUACCUGGGCCUGUGUCAUGUCUACGAGACGCUGCAUGACUUUGAGAAGUAUCUGCAAUAUGCGCACACCCUGGAGAACUGGCAGAUGCUGCGCGGCCAGAACAUAACCCAGAAUAAGUUCAGCUACCCCGCCAUCGAGCUGGACUACUCCAUCGAUGAGGUCAAGAACAAAUUCUUUGACACAUGCGAGAGCAGCACCAGCGCCCAGGCAACGGAGGCGAACUAGGCCAGGGCGGGAGUCUAGAUCCCUCUGCUCUAUACACGUUUUUUUUUUGGUUUUUUGUAAAUAGUAUGUCCGGUGUGUGUCCUGCCUGGACGCACGGACGCAGAUUAGUUUUCUUUAUUAUUUUGUUUGUCAUUUCCAUCGAAUAAGUCUAAGUCCGAAGUGUAGUUAAAUAUUUACUAAGCCAGCCAGCCAGCCAGCCAGCCAGCAGUAGGUAUCGUAUCCAUUAGCCUCUAUUCAUUACUAAGAACCAUUGAAUACGUCCAGUACACACCCGCGCCCCCAACCUACCCCUCCUCAUAGGCUAAGUUUUGAUUGCAAGUUACAAUGAGACAGAAAGAGUAUUGCUAGUUCGCUGAUAUCAUAGUCUUUGAUAUCGUUCCUUCACAAAUAAUUAUUCAGUUGAUUUUUGUUUUUGUUCGUUGUUUGUGUGUGUGCGCAAAUUGUUUGUAGAAAACUUCACUGGCACGAGACAGUUGUCGGCUCAGCGUUCUAAGAAAGUUAUUAAUUUGUUUGUUUUUUUGCUUUUGGCUUUAUAAGUAGCAAAUUAGACAUGUGAUUGAGGUGAUAAGCCGUUAAUAUUUCCCCAUGGACAAAACAAAAACAUUGAAACAUUUUUGCAGCUAAAUUUGAAGUUUGAUUUUUGAGGUUUCCCCCAAGUACAUGUUAGGCAUAGGCGAAAAGUGAAACAAAGUGUUGUAAAAGGC